AUGAAGAUCGGUUUUAUCGGCGCCGGCAAGAUGGCCCAGGCUCUGGCUCGUGGAUUGAUCAAUUCAGGCAGAAUCGCGCCCGAGAAUAUCAUCGCGAGCUCGCCGAAAACUGAUUACCAAUUGUUGGACCAGUGCAAGUCAAUGGGCCUUACAACUACACACGAUAACACAGAGGUCGUCCACAAGAGCGGUGUUGUUUUCCUAGCGGUCAAGCCCAUCAACGUCCCAAAAGUGACCUCCGAGAUUGCCCCCUCCAUCAGCCGGGAGCAUCUCCUUGUAUCCAUCGCUAUGGGCAUCACCAUCCGGAAUAUGGAAGCGCUAUUGCCAUCCAAAUCGAGAGUCGUUCGAGUAAUGCCGAAUACACCUUCAGUAGUUCGUGCAGGAGCAUCUGGUUUUGCAAUGGGAUCAGCUUGCCGAGAUGGGGAUGGUGAUUUAGUACGAGAACUCCUCUCAACGGUCGGAUUCGCCGUCGAGCUCCCCGAGGCUUGGAUCGAUCCUGUGACCGGUCUAUCCGGUUCGGGCCCCUCUUACAUGUUCUCUGUCAUCGAGGGAUUGGCUGACGGCGGAGUGAAAGUUGGACUUCCACGUGAGCUGGCAAUCAAACUGGCUGCGCACACACUGCUCGGGGCGGCGAAGAUGGUGCUGGAAACUGGGAUUCACCCCGCGCAGUUGAAGGAUGAUGUCCAAUCUCCUGGUGGCUCCUCAAUCUACGGGAUGCACAAGCUAGAGAAUGGCAAUCUGAAGGGCAUCUUGAUAGAUGCUGUCGAAGCCGCCACCAACCGUUCCCGUGCGACCGGCGAUAAGGCACUACCCCGAGAUGUCCGCAACAACGAACUAGACCAAGCAAUCGUCUACCACGAACGCCCCGCCAGAUACGAUCACCAGGAAGAAGAACAACAACUCCGUCGCGCGUCUCGU